AUGGCAGCUGAUGAUAAAGUUGCCAUUUUAACCGAUGAUGAAGAAGAACAGAAGAGAAAGUAUGUGCUUGCUGAUCCUUUCAAUGGCAUUUCCAAGGAUCAAGACUUGCCACCCCAUAAUGAAUCCCCUUCGACGGAGACAACCACUGUCCCAGAUGAAGAGCUAGAUUGGUUAGAAAAGCACUGCGUCAAAAUAAACAACGAUCUUCUGAUCUCAAAGGUCUUCUAUUUUUUCUUCUAUUCUGCAUAUGGCUCUCUCUACCCCUUGCUGCCUGUGUAUUACAAGCAGCUGGGUAUGUCACCCAGUCAGAGUGGACUUCUGGUGGGCAUCAGGUACUUUAUUGAGUUUUGCAGUGCUCCCUUCUGGGGUGUGGUGGCAGAUCGCUUCAAGAAAGGGAAGAUCGUCCUCCUCUUUUCGCUUUUAUGCUGGGUUUUAUUUAACCUGGGGAUUGGAUUUGUUAGACCAGCCACCUUAAGAUGCGUACCAAAGGGCCUUCCCCCAGCACAUCCCACCAAUGCAAGCAGCCUUUUAACAACAGUUUCGCAAAAUGCCUCGAUGUCUUCUCCGCUAACCACAGUGAGUACUGCAUUCCCAAAAGUUCGUGGGAAGAGAGACCUGCUCACUUCCAGUCCGGUCCCUUUGGAAACAACAGGGACAGCUAAUCCUGAAGUAACAUUCCUGUUACCUACACAGAGCAAUGAUGUGGAGUUUGUCUUGGAAAACAGUACCCAUUUUAUUUUGAAAAACACCACCACUAGCCCAGUCUCACCAGGGAACGCGACUCCGAGUACCACCCCAGCUGCCAUCACCACAAAGCCGAUGCCUUCUGACCAAGCUGUGCUCGUUUAUGAUCAACAAGAAGUAGAAGCCAUCUUUCUACUCAUUCUGCUGGUUGUCAUAAUAGGAGAAUUUUUCAGUGCUUCUUCUGUUACUAUUGUGGACACCGUAACUCUGCAGUACCUCGGCAAACACAGGGACCGGUACGGAUUGCAGCGUAUGUGGGGGUCUCUGGGCUGGGGGCUGGCCAUGCUCUCCGUGGGAAUUGGCAUUGACUACACCCAUACAGAAGUUGGCAUUGAAGGUCAGGGAUGUAAAGCUCCUGAGUACAAGAACUACAGGAUAGUUUUCAUCGUUUUUGGUGUUCUGAUGACAAUGGCAUUAAUUGUGGCCACCCAGUUUCGAUUUCAUUAUGCGCACUUCAAACAAGACGAUAAUAAGAGAAAAGAGGUAGAAAUCUCACAGGUGGACAGAAGUGCCUCCAACGAAUCCUCCGAUAACACUCCUACCAGUACGAGCCAAUCGCAGUCUUUCAGUUUUUGGGACCUAAUAAAACUGCUGUGUAGUAUCCAGUACGGCUCAGUGCUCUUCGUGGCCUGGUUCAUGGGGUUUGGAUAUGGCUUUGUGUUCACCUUUCUUUACUGGCACUUGGAAGACCUGAACGGCACCACCACUCUCUUUGGAGUUUGUUCUGUGCUCAGUCACGUGUCUGAGCUGACUGCCUACUUCUUCAGCCACAAAUUGAUUGAAUUGGUUGGUCAUAUCAGAGUGCUGUAUAUUGGUCUUGCCUGUAAUACAGCUCGAUAUAUUUACAUCUCGUAUCUGGAAAACGCCUGGACUGUUCUUCCGAUGGAAGUACUUCAAGGUGUCACGCAUGCGGCUAUAUGGGCAGCUUGUAUUUCAUACCUUAGCGCGGCAGUGCCUCCAGAGCUGAGAACGUCAGCCCAGGGAAUCCUGCAAGGUCUCCACUUGGGGUUGGGCAGAGGAUGCGGAGCUAUGGUUGGAGGAGUUUUGGUCAAUUACUUUGGUCCUGCUGCCACAUUCAGAGGAAUAGGGAUGGCUUGUUUAGUGAUUCUUCUUCUAUUUGCACUGAUCCAGUGGCUGUUGGUUCCUGAUGAAGAAGAAGAAAAGACAAUGCUGGCGGAAAGGAUCCCAGUGCCUUCCAGUCCUGUUCCCAUAGCAACUAUUGACCUUGUACAACAGCAAUCGGAAGACAUCAUGCCUCGGACUGAGCCCAGACUCCCUGUAAAGAAAACUAAACACCAAGAAGAGCAAGAAGAUGUGAACAAGCCAGCCUGGGGCAUCAGCUCUUCUCCUUGGGUCACCUUAGCUUAUGCCGUCUACCAGAUAAAAGAGAUGGUUAAACUAUCCAAAACCAAUCCAGCUCCUGAGAAUCAGCCAUUGCAGAAAAUCAAUGAGAAUUGCAGUGCUUCGUCAGCCAGCUCAGCAAGACAACCCCAAAAUCCGACAGAUUCUGGGCAGUCCAGAAAUUGUUCAGCACCAACACCUACAGCAACAUCAGAUUCCCAAGUAGAUGGCGACAGCGUUGUGUCGGAUCAUGAUGCUCAACCUGCUGCUGCAGGGCCCUGAGACACGCUCAUCUUAUCAAAUCCAGUGCAUGGAAUUC